ACACAAGCAGCACUCUGAAAAACCACAAGAGUACCCACGAAUGCUCCGAGUGUGGGAAAUCCUUUGCUCGCCGGUCUCUCCUUUUGACCCACUGGAAGGUCCAUGUGGGAAGCGGAUCCAGUCAAGGUUUGGAAGUGAAAAAGCCACCCUCAGAAACCACGAGAGGGUUCACACAAGGGAGAAGCCUUACAAGUGCUGGGAAUGUGGGAAGAACUUUUCUCAGAGGGCACAUCUUUGGAUUCAUGAGAAGGUUCAUGUAGGAAUAAAAUCUUACAAAUGCUUUGAGUGUGGGAAAUGUUUCACCUUGAGUUCAUCUCUUUGGAGUCAUGAGAAAACACACAGAGGGGAGAAAAACGAAAAGUGCCUGGAAUGUGGGAAAUGUUUCACCUUGAAAUCAAACCUGGUGCGACAUCAGAGUCUUCACACUGUAGUCAGACUCUAUGAAUGCCCAGAAUGUGAGAGACGAUUUGUAAAUUCUGCUGAACUUGAGAGGCACCAGAAGAGGCACCAAGAGGAGAAACCUUAUGAAUGUCGGGAGUGUGGGAAAAGUUUUUUUGCACAAAGUGAGGUUCAGGUUCAUGAGAGAAUCCACACAGGGGAGAAGCCGUACAAAUGUGGGGAAUGUGGGAAAUGCUUUACCCAGAAACAGCACCUUGGAAGGCAUCUGAGGGUUCACACAGGAGAGAAGCCAUACGAGUGCCCAGAGUGUGGAAAAUCUUUUGCUUAUAAGGAUGUACUUUGGAGACAUCAGAAAAUCCACACAGGGGAGAAGCCCUAUCAAUGCAACGAGUGUGGAAGUUUUUAUCGUACCACAUCAACCCUCUGGAGUCAUAUGAAAAUUCACACAGGCGAAAAAAACUACAAAUGUUUAGACUGUGGGAGAGCAUUUGCUAAACCAUAUAACCUUAGAUGUCACAGCCAAAUCCACAUAGGAGAGAAGCCCCAUAAAUGCUCCGAGUGCGAUACAUGUUUUACUAAAAAAAGGACUCUCUUGAAACAUCAGAAAAUCCACACUGGAGAGAAACCUUAUCAAUGUCUGGAAUGUGGGAAAUUUUUCCGUGAAAAAGCCUGUCUCAGAGACCACGAGAGAAUUCACACAGGGGAGAAACCUUACAAAUGUUGGCAAUGUGGGAAGAGCUUUCCUCGGAAGGCAGAUCUUUGGCACCAUGAGAAGAUUCAUGCAGGAAUAAAAUCUUACAAAUGUUUUGAAUGUGGAAAAUGUUUUACCGACAAUCCUGAAUGUGGGAAAUGUUUUGCCUUGAAAUCACAACUGGUGCAACAUCAGAGACGUCACAUGGGAGAGAGACCCCAUGAAUGCCCAGAAUGUGAGAAACGAUUUGUGUAUUCUUCUGAACUUCAGAGACACCAGAAGAGUCACAAAGAGGAGAAACCGUAUAAAUGUGGGGAGUGUGGGAAAAGUUUUAUUACCCAAAAAGCAUUUCAGGUUCAUGAGAGAAUCCACACGGGGGAGAAACCAUUCAAAUGUGGGGAGUGUGGGAAAUGCUUUACCCAAAAACACCAUCUUGCAACACACCAGAGGCUCCACACAGGAGAGAAGCCAUACAAAUGCCCAGAGUGUGGAAAAUCUUUUGCUUAUAAGGAUGUACUUUGGAAUCAUCAUAAAACCCACACAGGGGAGAAGCCCUAUCAAUGCAACGAAUGUGGAAAAUUUUAUCGUACCACAUCAACCCUUUGGAGUCAUGUGAAAAUUCACACAGGGGAGAAAAACUACAAAUGUUUAGACUGUGGGAAAACAUUUGCUCAUUCAUCUUCCCUUAGAACUCACAGCCGAAUCCACACAGGAGAGAAGCCCCAUAAAUGCUCAGAGUGCAAUAAAUAUUUUUCUCAAAAAAAUAAUCUUGUGAGACAUCAGCGAACCCACACUGGAGAAAAAACCAUAUAACUCUCUGUAGUGUGUGAAAUGUUUUGCCCAGUC